UUUCUAGAAAAUUCGGGCACGCACCGCACAGCAAACCACUAGCGAUCGCGAUAGACUUCAGCGACAAACCGGCAAUUUGUUCAGCGCGUAUUGAAAGUGAUUUUCACCGACGUGUUUUUCGUGCUUGUGAAUUCGAGAGGGAGAUCCAUUAGUUUUGCAAUUCAUCAUUUAAAUAAAUUUGUGUUCCAAUGGCUGCUAUGUCUGUCAUAGGUAUUGAUUUCGGCAAUGAAUCUUGCUACAUUGCUGUGGCAAAAGCAGGUGGCAUUGAAACAAUAGCUAAUGAUUACAGUCUUCGAGGUACACCAUCAUGUGUUGCAUUUUCAUCAAAAAAUCGAAUACUGGGAGUUGCUGCAAAGAAUCAGACAGUUACAAAUAUGAAAAACACCGUUUUUGGGUUCAAAAGAUUGUUAGGCAGGAAGUACUCGGACCCACAUGUGCAAAAAGAGCUGAAGCACUUUCCUUUCAAGGUGGAACAAAGACCUGAUGAUGGAAUUGGUAUCCGGGUCCACUAUCUAGGUGAAGACAAUGUUUUCAGCCCUGAACAGAUAACUGCAAUGUUGUUUACAAAGCUCAAGGAUAUUGCAGCUACAGCCCUCGGCACUCAAGUGAAUGACUGUGUCAUCUCCGUGCCCAGCUACUUCACCAAUGCUGAGAGAAAUGCUCUGUUAGAUGCUGCUGCCAUCUCUGGGCUCAAUGUGCUGCGACUCAUGAAUGAAACCACUGCCACUGCUCUCGCCUAUGGUAUCUACAAACAAGAUCUACCUGCCCCUGAAGAAAAACCGAGAAAUGUGGUUUUUGUAGACUUAGGACAUAGUUCUCUGCAGGUGUCCGCAUGUGCCUUUAACAAGGGCAAGCUGCGUGUGCUGGCCACCGCCACUGACGCCCACUGUGGAGGCCGCGACAUAGACAUGGCGUUGGCUGAAUACUUCUCCCAGGAUAUCCUAACUAGACUUAAGUUAGAUGCUAGGAAAAACCAGAGGGCUUUCUUCCGUUUGAUCCAAGAGGUAGAGAAGCUGAAGAAACAGAUGUCAGCAAACAGUACUAAACUGCCUCUCCAUGUUGAAUGCUUCAUGGAGGAAAGAGAUGUGUCGGGCGAGUUGCAGCGCUCGCAGAUGGAGGAGAUCUGUGCUGACACCUUCAACCGUGUUGAGAGGACCCUUAGAUCUAUACUCCACAAUGCUAAACUACGUCCUGAGGACAUCAACUCGGUGGAGAUUGUGGGUGGCUCUACCAGAGUCCCCGCCGUUAAAGCUUUGAUUGAACAAGUCUUUGGGAAAGUUGCUUCAACAACACUUAACCAGGACGAGGCGGUGUCGCGCGGCUGCGCGCUGCAGUGCGCCAUGCUGAGCCCGGCCGUGCGCGUGCGCGAGUUCAGCGUCACCGACGUGCAGCCCUACGCCGUGCGCCUCGCCUGGGACGCGGCGCGCGGCGAGGACGGCGACCUGGAGGUGUUCCCAGCUUUCCAUCCAGCACCAUUCUCUAAAAUGCUGACAUUCUACAGGAAGGAACCAUUCUCAGUCAGAGCCUACUAUACCGACCCCGUGCCCUAUCCCGAUUCGUUCAUCGGUCAAUGGAACAUAAAGGAUGUUCAGCCGACCGCCGAGGGCGAAUCACAGAAAGUUAAAUUGAAAGUGAGGGUGAACAUUCACGGAAUCGUCACUGUCGCGUCAGCGUCAUUGGUAGAAAAGAAAGCGGACGCCCAGAGUGACAGCAUAGAAAUGGAAAACGAGAACGCGAACAACCAGGAAACGCCCAUGGAAACUAACGGGUCACAAGAGCAACAGCAGAAUGGGCCCGAGAACCAAGAGGAAUCUGACGAUAAAAAGGACAAGUCUAAAGACAAGAAGAAAGUGCUAGUGAAGACCGUCGAGUUGCCGAUCGACGCGCGCACCCACGGCUUCUCGCAGCCCGAGCUCAACUCCUACAUGGAGCAAGAGGGCAAGAUGCAGGCGCAGGACCGGCAGGAGAAGGAGCGCGCGGACGCGCGCAACGCGCUGGAGGAGUACGUGUACGAGCUGCGCGGCAAGCUGGGCUCGGGCGAGGCGCUGCACGAGUUCGUGGAGCCGGCGCAGCGCGCGCGCCUCGUGGCCGCGCUCGACGCGCUCGAGGCCUGGCUCUACGAGGAGGGCGAGGACCAGAACAGACAGGUGUACGUGGACAAGCUGACGGAGCUGCGCACGGAGGGCGAGCCCAUCAAGCAGCGGCGCCUGGAGUUCGAGCUGCGGCCCGGCGCGCUCGACGACUACUCGCUCGCCGUACAGCUCGUCAAGAAGGCCGUCGACUUGUACAAAGCGGGUGACGCGAAAUACAACCACCUGUCGGAAGCCGACAUGGCGACGGUGUCGGAGGCGGCGGCGGCGGCGCUGGCCUGGGUGGAGGCGGCGCGCCAGGCGCUGCAGCGCGCGCCGCGCCACCUGCCGCCCGCGCACACCACGCACCAGAUCCGCCAGGAGCGGCAGAACUUCGAGAGCACCGUGAACCCGAUCCUCAACAAACCGAAGCCCAAGGAGAAGACUCCGCCGCCCGCGCCCACCGGCGACGGCCAGGCGCCCCAGCCCGACGCGCCGCAGCCCGACCGCAUGGACGUCGAGUGAACACCUCCCACCCCCCACCCCGCUCCAGCGACACCUACUCACUCAUGACUGUUCACAGUGAAUAUAUUACGAAAUUAUUUAAGGCUCACAUAUUCAUUAUCACCGUGACGAUGUUACAUUUUCCUACAAUUUAAACCGUACCGUAUUCACGGGGGGCACUUCAGAGACGUGCGGUUUGAGUACCUAGCCGAUGUCCCACUAUACGAAAAUAACAUCUGCGCGAGCACGCCAGUAUAACUCCUUUUAGUUGUAGUGAUGUGGUGUCGGCGUCACGUUAGGUCUUGAACAAAGAUUUAGGACUCCCCGGUGGCCGCAGCGCGGGUCGCUGCGCGCCAACGUAUAUAAUGCGUCACUAUUUUUUUAAGAUUCAGUUCUGAUGCGAUGCGUGAGCGUCAUAAGGCCUAUCGCUGUCGGUUAUGGCAAACACGACACGACACCUCACCUGACGACUCGUCUUUUUAAAUGUUUCGUUCGAUGUGACAGGUUUUUCUGUUGGAACAAAAAUCCAUAACCGACAUCCUUCGAUAACUUGCGGAAAAUAAUACUUGUCUAUAUGAACACGUGUCGCUUAAUAUUUCUUAUAAAUGUCUAGAGCUGAAAUGAUUGCACGAUACUAUCUGAUUGGAAUCAAUUUAGGAACGCUGUAUGUAUUAUGUAAUUGUAUUAUAUUACUAAAGAGCAUUUUUU